AUGGGCUCCAUCUCCGAGUUUGACUUGGACAACAUCCAGGGAGAUAUCUGGCCUGGCUUGUCAAAACGAUAUGAGAAGUUCAUCUUUUUCACCAUUCAAAACCCUGCUCUUUUCAAACCUGGACUGCAGAAGCUCGCCGAUGAAGAGAUUACUUCUUCCAACAAAGCCCUCCUGGAUCGGUGUGCCAUUCAGAAGGUUAACGAAGCCAAGAAAGCCGAUCGCAAAAAGCCACUGUCGGGAUCGGGUCUUCUGGGAGUCGCUGGAGGGUUUAUAAACCUGGGGGUUGACAUGCUCACUGCCCUACACGAUGCUCUCCCAGAGCAUGGUCAUAUUCCAAAAGCUAAAGGAUCCGACGAUGCCAGUAUAGCCGGUGUUAACAUAUCCUUCACCAAUAGGGGUAUGGCCAAGUUGAGCAGUGAAAAGUUCAAAGAUGACCCGUUCAUCAAGGGCAUGUUCCACGACAUGGUGAACGAAGGCAGAGACGAAGCUGACCAUUGGAUUGCUGAAUUCACGCAAGACCAAGUUGAUGGAGUGGUGCUCGUGUGUGGCACCCAAGACGCCGUCGAAAAAAAAAGACAUGAUCUCCUCAACAAUUACCUGAGCAAGUCCAAAGGCGUCGUUGUUGUCAAGGAAUUGGAGGGUAAGGAAAGACCUGGAAAAAUGAAGGGGCAUGAGCACUUUGGGUUCUUGGAUGGAAUCUCGCAGCCGCUCAUCAAGGGCCUCGAUGAUGCAACUGCUGAGCUUCGCGGGUCUCGCAAGCACUUGACUCGUCCCGGAAUCAUCCUAUUUGGACACGAUGGAGAGAUGGACGACAAUCCAGAUUUGAAGCAUCCCGCUUGGGCCAAAGACGGCAGCAUUCUGGUCGUUCGAAAGAUCAAACAAUUGGUGCCCGAGUGGAACAAGUUCGUAGAAUCAGAGGCCCCAAAGCUCAACUUCACCCCGGGGCAAUUUGGCGCUAGACUCGUCGGACGCUGGCAAAGCGGAGCACCUGUUGAGUUGUAUCCCAACGAGGACCCUGUUCCGAAGUAUGCCGAUGAUGACCCAGAGAAGAAAAUCAUCGCAACAUGGAAUGACUUCGACUAUCCCACGAAGAGCCAGGUCAACUGCCCAUUUGCAUCCCACAUGCGUAAGACUAAGCCCCGAGCUGUGGUCGACAAUGAUGACAAGUUCGACAUUAUGCGUCGCGGUAUCCCAUACGGAGAGGAGCUCCGUAAUGAUGAGGCUACUGAAACCAAAUUGGAUCGUGGUCUCAUGUUCCUUUGCUACCAAACCAGCCUUUCUAAUGGGUUUCAGUUCAUUCGGAACCGCUGGAUCAAUCCUGAUACUUUCCCUUUCGGCAAGACUGAUUACACUGGUGGUAUCAAUCCUGGACAGGAUCCCGUUGUUGGCCAGUCAGUCAAGGGUGCGAUUGAAGAUGACGAUAAACUCUUGAACACGAGUAUCUAUGAUGGUAAUGGCCAGCACAAUCAGGUCACUUUCCAGCCUUUCAUCGAGUCCCAUGGAGGUGACUACUUUUUCACUCCGUCGUUGAAACUUCUCCGAGAACUCUCUGUGGCCCCAGCCGUUUAG